GUGGUUUAAAGUGUUGGGAAAUGCUCCUACGUUGUAUGCGUGUCAUUUUCCCCUCGUCCGAUUUGUUUGGAAUAGUUGUUGACCGAAAAUGGACAAACUAAAUGAAAACACCCGCGAACGAAAGCAGAUUAAGCUGGGCGAGAUCGACACGGGUCCCAUCCUGGUGGCUCUGCUCCUGGGUUUCAUUGCUGUGGCCAUUUUUGUAAUCCUCCGACGACGCUCCGCUGGUCGCAAGGACUUCCUCUUGACUGGUCUCAGUGAAUCCGGUAAAAGCGCUAUAUUCAUGCAGUUGCUGCAUGGUAAAUUUCCGGCCACAUUUACUUCUAUCAAGGAGAACGUGGGCGAUUAUCAGGCGGGAGGUUCCUCCGCCAAGUUGGUGGAUAUUCCCGGACACUACAGAGUGCGCGACAAGUGCUUUGAGCUGUACAAGCACCGAGCCAAGGGAAUUGUUUUUGUGGUGGACUCUGUGACGGUGCAAAAGGAAAUCCGCGACGUAGCCGACUCUCUAUACACUAUCCUGUCGGACAGUGCCACACAGAACUGCUCUGUUUUGGUACUCUGCAACAAACAGGACCAGACCACUGCCAAGAGCUCACAAGUUAUCAAAACACUGCUGGAGAAAGAGAUCCACACCGUGAGGGAUACGCGCAGUAGGAAGCUUCAGUCCGUAGGAGACGAUGACGCCAACAAAACUAUUACUCUUGGCAAGCCAGGGCGCGAUUUUGAAUUCUCGCACAUCGCCCAGAACGUCCAGUUUGUAGAAGCCUCGGCUAAGGAGCAGGAAUUGAAUACCCUCACCGACUGGCUGGCUCGUCUGCUGUGAGAUACAGCUCUACUAUCCUGGAGGACUGAGUCAAAUUGUAUCCUAAUCGAACGAAUGCGAAACCCCCUUCGACACAUUGAUAUUUAUUUUACAGCUUAGUGCGCCCCAAAGUCGCAUAUAUAUACGCCAUGCCUAUAUAUCCAGCUGUUAGAGUAUAAAAUCGUGAAUUGUUAAAUCCUUUUGUCCUGAACCUUGCUUCCCUUCUGUUUUCCCAGCUGCUUAUUUUUAGGUUUAUAAUGAAAUUUUUACAAAUGUUAGCAUUAAUUUUGUGCUAGAUUUCUUAAAUAAGAUAAAAAUGAUCAACGAUUUAUAAAAA